AUGUCACGUGCCGCGCUCUUAUCUUCACGUGUGUCUGGCCUCAAGUCGCAUACAGAGUCGAUUAAUAAUAACAAUUCUCGUAUCUGGACACCAUUACGUGAGAAUCAUUUUGAAGCACCACAGCUUUCAACAAGGGAACGUGCGUAUUUGGUACGCAAAUCGUGUGAAGCGGCUCAAGAGCUUGUAGGACGUGCGCGUAGCACUGGUGGUCCAAUAACUUGGCAUCACGUGGAAAAGCAUAAUGGUGUACAGCUUUAUGCUGGUUCCUUGCGUCCAAAUGCGACAAGAGCAACGGCACUUCCAGUUGCAAGUAUGUGUGGUGUGACUAGUGUCCCAGGUACAAUGCAAGAAGUGGCUUUACUCUUUGAAUUGAGUUCAACAAGACAAAUGAAGGAGUUUGCGCGUGCUCAUCGUGAAUGGUUUUACGAUGGUAUUGUUCUACAUACGUUAGCACCCCGUACAAAGGAGAAACCACUGCAUCAAGUGACAGCCAAGUGGAUGGUCAUGCAAAUGCCUGAUGGUGUGCCACAUCGAGAUUUUUGUUACUUGGAGUGUCAGGAUAAAUUUAUUGAUGCGAAAGGAAGGAAAGGAUGGGUUUUGGGGCAACAUUCGAUUAAACUACCAGGUGUGGAUGAUCUUAAGCAAGAAUUUGGAUUUGUACGAGGAAGUUUGUAUAAUUCUGGUCUUGUUGUCGUUGAAAGUGAAGAAAGACCUGGAUAUUUGGACGUUAUCUACUUGGUUCAGCUUAAUUUAAAGGAUCGCACACCUGUGCCGAUGAGUUUGCUGCGAUCGAGAGUGCUAUUUGUCGCGCAAGUUCGCAAUAUGCUCCGAAGUAAACGUCUUAAUGAACAGCGAUAUUUAAGCGAUCUAGAGCUCGUUCCGAGGAAGUAUCGAUCGAAAUGUGCGGUAUGUCAGGACUCUUUUUCGCUUUUGCUUUUAAGGAAGAUGAGCUGCAGAAAGUGUGGCGAAGUCGUCUGUGCCGCAUGCAGUAAGGAUUUUCCUAUAGAGAACCGGAAUUUUGCGGCUACAAAUGGAGGGAGCGAGGUGCGAAAGUUGCGCAUUUGUAUGCACUGCUUCCAGGCGAUUACGAACGCUCCCAAACCGACGUCAGCUCUAGUCGAACCUCCACAUUCCUCAACCAUGUCGAUGAGUUUCUUGGGCUACUGUGAUGAUAACCGUCGUGCGUCACUGAUGACAUCGCAGGUAGGAGGAAAAAAUAGUCACCGAGAAGCGGAAGCACCGAAAAUCUUUUUGCAGUCCAUGCGCCGCAAAAAGCCAUCAAGUCGACACAUGUCCAGCACAUCGCCGAUUUUAGACUUUGGUAACGAUGUGCUGUCCUCGCCACGGUAUCGCACACAAAGGGAAUUGGAUGCAGAGUUCUAUCAGAACUCGCGGCGCUACCAGCAGCAGGAUUACGGGCGCUCAUACAUACAUCGUGGAAGCGAGCGCCUGCAGUCGUCUGACUUCCGACCAAGCCAAAGUCUGUCACUGGAUGAUCCCAUUGCUCGAGGCGCAGUCUGCUAUACGUUACAAAUGCCGGGAUCAGCGGCAAUUCCAGCCUCAGCCUCGAUUUUUGAUCGUCCAAUGGCCGGUGCUGCACGACGUCAUCAUGAUAGAUUGCCACGCAGCAAUAGUAAUGACAUUCAAGGGGGGUCCAGCAACUCCAAUAUGAGCAGUUUUGGUCAGUUUCAUGGGCUGAGUAGCCGAGAAAGAUUAGAGCAGCUUCAGCGUGAAGACAACUACAUGAGCCGAUCGAGUAUCGACAACCGCAUGCCUGAUGCCUUCAUGUCCGGGCUGCAGCAAGCAGGUCGCGAUAAUCAUGUGUUUGAUGUGCCUCCGACGAUGUACCAGGCUCCACCAAGCGACUUUGGAGCCUAUGGUGCGACAUCAAACAAUAGUCCGGUGACUUCUUCCGACUUCGGCCCGUACGGUUCUACCCUAGAUGACCUGGAUGGGUGUCCCCCAUUGGACAUGAAUGCGCUGACUUCGUCUCCAUCGGCUAUUCCAAUAGAGUUUGAUAGUAUGAGUACACUAGCUGUGCCAUCGACUGUACCUCGAGAUGGUGGAAAUGAUGGUCAAUUUUUAUGCUUGCGCGAACUUGAGGUUCAGCAGCGUCGUGAGUCGACAAGCUCGGAUUCGUCUGCCAACUCCAUCGACAUUGAUACGUAUGAAGACCUGCCCAAGCUUGCCGUGGUUCCGCCAAUUCCUGAGCAAGUGAAGCAGGGUGGCGUACAAUGUUAUGAGAAGGGUGUAGAGCAUUUGUUGCCGGAUUCGGCACCGUCAAAUUUGACCAGUGCGCAGAAACUUGCUGCGUUGCGUGGAAGCGACAGGGAAACAGCGUGGACCCACGAUAUUGAUGAAGACUCAGAGACGUCAAUGGGUGCGUCGGAUGACGAAGAAGAACGCCGUGCAAGCGUGAAGUUUAAGCCUUCCUUAAUGACACCUCCGUGCCAUAGACCAGUUGACGUUAGUGCUGAGGAGACAAAGGCCCGAGAACGUACCGAAAUUCCGGUGUUGUCACCCUCGACUUUGUCAGCCCGCACUGCAACCCAUGAGAUGUUAGAGCGCCCGUCCAUCGCAUACUCUUCGGUAUUGGGAGAUCUUGGUCGAGCAGAGUAUGAAAUGACAGACGGGGUGAAACCUAGUACGAUUAAAGAAACGAAGGUAGUCGCGAAGGAUCUCAUAGGUCACGACCAUCAAUUGCUGCAUUCGAAAGUGGAGGAUUUGACCGAUUUAGAAUAUCAUCAGAUACCUGCUUUAUCAAAGCAGAGCGAGGUGCAAGUCGCUGAUGAAAAGCAGAUUGAGAACGGUGUUCAAGCAAAAAACAAUGCAAGAGAGCAGGCGGUGUCUGCUGUCCCAUUUAUACCCAGCAAGGCCUCAAACAUUGCUGCUGGCGAAGCUAAUGGAGAAGUGCCUUUGCAUGGUUGUACGGCAACAUCCCCUAGGAAUAGAAGUGGUAUGACACCAGUUUUGACGAAUGCAGCUCGACCAAUCAGCAGCGACGGUAACUCUGCACCCGGCGGUAUGAAUAUGAAGACAUGCCAAAACCCGCUGAACAACCGUAACGACUCCGAGAAUGAUGUGGUAUUGGGGGCCCAAAAGGAGGCAAUUGACAUGAACUCGCCGACACCGGAAUAUUCAACGCGACGAAGUGACAGCUUGACUACUGGCGGUGCUCUCGGCUUAGCUACCGUGGAAACCACAGCGGAAGACCUGAUAGUUGCGGGAGCCCAGCAGAACAAGGAAACUGCUCGUUUCAGCGCACCAGUUAUAGCGCAACAAGACCUAACGACAACAUACGCGCCGUCGGAGAUUCCGAUACCGGCGAUGCUGCCGGUUGACAAUGAAAAGAUGCAGGCGAGCGGUGACGGCAUGUUGGAAAGUUGUUUGCACACAUCCAGCAGGAUUUCGUCGUCAUCUUUUUCUAGCGGCAGUGCUCGUGGUAGCAAUAUUUGCAGCAUGGGUUUGGAUCCGAUAUCUCCGCCUGCCACCCCGCCGUCUGCAACUUCAGUUCCCGCUGUCAGGGUGCUUCCGGAAACAUCAGCAUCUUCAUCUGUUACCGUGCCUGCGUUAGACCUUGCAGCUUCAAGUCCUGUUCGCGCCAGCGAAAGUGCAGAGGUCGUAAGCUUGCUACAAAGCAAUAUCAUUGCGCCACCUCCAUAUCUUCCUCGUCGUUUUCUAUCUACGGAGCAGCUUCAGGAGGUGCAGCAGAACAUUUCAACAGAGGAUGUGCCUUUCACUACGACACCAGUAAGCACGCUGAGGCAGUGCAGCGAUAGCAAUGCUGCCCUGGACAAUUUUCAGCGAAACAUUUCCACAUCCUUUGACGCACACCAGCAGCAGCAGCAGAAGGCGCAGACAGUUAGCGCCGAUGGGGUCAUGAGCGGCCUUUCUCACUUGAUACCAUCCGAUGGGCGCAACGAUGCGAGCAGUUCCGGUAGUAAUGAUAUCGAGGUCAUUCGCUACCAAUCUGUGGGAUCGUUCAUGUUAGACCCUGCCUCUGAUACUAAUGAAAUCUCGACGCUGACGAGCGAUGAUGUAAUAGCAUAG